AUGAAUAAGGACUUGGAAGAAAGUCCAGAGAUGACUUCACAAGCAAAGAGACGCAGAAUGUUGCAAUUUGAUAAUGAAGUUGUUGGGACAUCUCUUUACAGUGAGAUGCCUUCGACUUUCUUAAAGUCAGAGGAUAAAGAGGAUUUCAUUGGAAAUGAUUUGCCAGACUGGGUUUCCUUGUUUACAGAAGAUGAUGUGCCUAUGUCUGGUUUUGAUGGCCUUGAUCAGUCAUCUGAAAGUUGGCUUGCUGAUUGCUUCAAUGAUCCUGAUUUCAACUGCAGCUCUGAGAUGAUGAAUUUGUCAGGUGCAUCUGAUAUUGAUGUUUCUGCGUGUAACACGCCACCUGAGGCUGAAGUUGUAGUUGUUGAAGAGCGACCUAAGCAAGUUCGUCGAAAUGUUGUUUUCAAAGGAUCAAAGUCAUAUAUCCAACCUCUUCCGAAGAAGAUAGGUUCAUCAUCAACUAUUGUUUAUCCAUUUGCAUUUGUUAAGCCAUGUGGAGCUCAUGGUGAUGUGACUCUUAAAGACAUAAAUCAGCGGAUUCAUACUCCACUCAAAAAGUCAAUACAAGAAGAGGAUGAGGACCUUACUUCUAUCUACCCAACUUCGGCAUUCUCUGGUAAGCCAGUAGUUGGCAAGACUAAAAUUCGAACAGAUAGAGGGAACGGAUGCAUAACCAUCAUGAGGACUAAGGGAUGAGUUCACUUACAAAUCUCUUCAUUUUUCUGGGAAUUUAAUGUUAUCUUGACAUGUCGUCAGUUUGACGGCCAAAGUAGAUAAUGAUGAUGAUGAUGAUGGUCGGUCUUCUAGGAGACCCUACCCUAAACCUCUGUUCUUUAUUUUUCUUUGUCUUGAACUCUUAUCUAGUGGGGAAACAAUUGUUCUACUAAUGUUAUAUUAUUAAUUGUUUGAAAUCAUAGUUCAUGAACUUAUGGAAACAUCUUAUACUAAUAUC